UGGGGCGGCCGUUGCUGGUCAAUCGCACCGUCGCACUCGUCACGCAUUACAUGGAUCCGGCACUCGCUUGUCCGGAUGUUUGACGGCCGAGUCGACAUUCAUGGAACUGUCAGGAAACUCUGUGCUCGAGGCCUGUUGGAUGGGAUCAACGACCAGGUUGCCGAAGCUGAUGAAUUUGAUGGUGAGGUCGAUGCAGUCUUCCCAGCGAUCAAGCAGCCAAGAAAGCUAGUCGAAGUCGAGCACCGGGAAGUGGGGGGAGUAAAGUGGAGGAUUUACAAGAGCUAUUUGAAAGCGUCUUCCUACUUCAUCUGGGGCUGUCUUGCAUCCUGUGUUCUGACAUUGCAGCUUUUGAGCGUAGGGGAAAAGCUAUGGAUCAAGGUGUGGGGUGAAGCCUAGACUCUGAAUCUAUCGCAUUCGGAUCUAUCCCGGCCAGGGUACCACUCUUCAGCAGCUUAAACUGGCGAGUCUGUCGUGGCCCAGCGCGUCAGACCAUCCGCUAUUCUACAUCGGUGUCUACGCAGGAUUUGGCCUGUUCGCAACCAUUGUUACCAUUCCCUCGCAAGCGUUGCAGAUCACGGGUGGGCUAAGAGCAUCGAGGAAGCACUUCAAGGGCCUUCUAGUUAGUGUGAUCCAUGCUACCUUUCGAUUCCACGAUUCCACUCCGCAAGGUCGUAUCCUCAACCGACUCCGAAAGGAUAUAGAUACCAUCGACACGACAUUGGCCAGCUCGCUUCAACAGGUCAACUCCUCCCUUGCCGGACUCUUCGCUGCAAUUUUGACCGUAUC